UAGAACAUUCAGUACUUGACGCACAACAAGCGAAGAGCAGGGGGGAGUUCCUGUCUAUGUCCCUCCUCUUGCUCUCAUUUUAUUCCAAUCCUCCCUCCAGCUCUCCUCUCCCUACCUCUCAUACACAAGCCGUGAGUCACCGGAGCGGACCUGGGGAACAUACAUGACCCGCUGAAACAAACUCGUUUCCCAGUCAUUUCUUACUCCCGCUUCGGCCACCAUUUUCGCCUCAACUUGUUAUUAUUUUGUUGAUUUUUCGCUCUUUUCCUCGCUGUCGCCAUGCCCGAGGACGUCGGACCAGCCAAACCUGGCGGAGUCAUCGCCUACAUCUCGUCGGGCGCCGCUUCCAGCCCCGAGUCCUGCAUGAGCACCAGUCCUGGCAACGUGGGCAGCGGCUUCCUGUGCACAUCGCCCACGCCUCCUCGCUCCUCACUCCCCAGCAGGGCGGUGGGCAUGGUGGUGGAUAUAGCGCCACCUACCAAGAGCGGAAGCAGAGGAGGAAACGGCGUGGAGAAGGCGGGACGCUCGUCGACCUCGACCAAGAGCAGCAUUACCAAAAUCAACGGCAUGGUGCUGCUGUGUAAAGUUUGCGGCGACGUCGCCUCGGGCUUCCAUUACGGCGUCCACGCGUGCGAAGGCUGCAAGGGCUUCUUCCGCAGGAGCAUCCAGCAGAACAUUCAGUACAAGAAGUGUCUCAAGAUGGAGAACUGCACCAUCAUGAGGAUCAACCGGAACCGAUGCCAGCAGUGUCGCUUCAAGAAGUGCUUGGCCGUUGGCAUGUCCAGAGAUGCUGUGCGAUUCGGCCGCAUCCCCAAGCGCGAGAAGCAGCGAAUGCUUCUGGAGAUGCAGAAUGCCAUGAACAACAUGAUGAGCAACAACAGCCAGUUGCACAGUAUGCUGCACGGCCAUCAAAGCUCGUCACUGCCCAAUGACACCAGCCCCUCGCCAUCAUCAUCCUCGUCCUCCUCUUCCUCGUCGUCAUCGUUGUCUUCCUCCUCGGAGUCGCCGUCCUGCUCCAACCCCUCGUCUCCGCAGUGCCCCCUGCAGGACGCCGAGUCGGUGGUCUCCAUGGACACCAACUCCAGCUCGUCCUCAUCCUGCGGCUCAGACAGCGGCGAGGACGACGUCGCCGUUGUGAGGCAAACGGAGAUGACGACGUCGCAGUCAGCGACGGAAAACAGCGCCGACGUCCGUGUGGACACGGCGCAGCAGAGCUGGAACUGCUGGAACAACAAUGAUGCGGCCAUGCCGGGAUACCGGGACGUUCCGCACAUGUAUGCGCACUUUAAUCAGCAUGUGCUGCAGCAGCAGCAGCAGCAGCUCAGUGGCGCCCCCGUCUGUCCCAUGGACAUAAAGCAGCACCAGCCGCAGCAGCCACAACAGCAGCGGGCUUAUCCCAAUGGGAGAGCUCACUUGGUGUGUCCCAUGAACACGUCCCCGUACGUUGACCCCAGCAAGCCCAGCCAGGAGAUCUGGGAGGAAUUCUCCAUGAGCUUCACACCGGCCGUGCGUGAGGUGGUGGAGUUCGCCAAGAGGAUCCCGGGUUUCAAGGAACUCCCCGAGCACGACCAAGUGGGGCUGCUCAAGGCCGGGACAUUCGAGGUGUUGAUGGUGCGCUUCGCGUCGCUCUUCAACAUGGCCGAGCGCACGGUGACCUUCCUGAGCGGCAAGCACUACAGCCUGGACACACUACGAGCGCUGGGCGCCGGAGAACUGCUGGCGUCCAUGUGCGACUUCAGCGAGAAGCUCACCGCGCUCGGGCUGGACCGCGACGAGAUGAGCCUUUUCACCGCCGUCGUCCUCGUCUCUGCCGACCGGUCGGGUCUACAGGACCUGACAGCGGUCGAGGCCCUGCAGGACAAGCUGAUCCGGGCCCUGCGCCAGCUCCUGAUGCAGAACCACGGCGAGGAGGCAGCCACCACCUUCACCAAACUGCUGCUCAAGCUGCCCGAGCUGCGAUCCCUCAACAACAUGCACUCGGAGGAGCUGCUCUCCUUCAAGGUGCACCCUUGACGGACGCAGGGACGGGCGACCAAUCUUAAUGGACUCAAAAAGAAUCCGUACUGUAUUUGUUUAGAGGAUUGUUGCAAACCGACUCGGAGGCACUUGAAAACUUGAACGGCUUUAUGGAAACGAUGGUCAUUUUGUGUUCUGUUUGUUUCUUUUUGCAAGCCGUUUUGAUGCAUGUUGAUAGCGACAAAAAGCUAAUGUGACCAAUGUGCUGCUAAUGCUAAUGCAUGGCUGAACGUGCUUGUGGCCACUUUCCUCCUCUCCGCCGACCGUGUGCGUGUUAAAUAUUAGUGUUCUUGUUGAUGUACUUUUUUUUUUUUUACGCCCUCCACCCACCUCUUCAGCGUAUCCCCUGAACAUUUCCAGAACAUUCACACAAGUUGGCCUGAGUCUACCUGUGUAAAGUGGCGCCAGCUCCAGGCCCAAGCAUCACAUUUUUAAUUUUGUUUUGAACUUUCCACUUUUCUUUGUAUGAUUUUCUUGUUUUCCAAUCAAAUGUGCUUUCUGCACGGCACUGAAUAUGAAAAAAAACAGUGUCGUCCAUCUUUUGUUUCUUGGCAACACUGUCAAUUGUAAAUAUCUAUACAUAAAUAUAUAUAUAUGAAUAUAUCUU